CACAAAAUGGCGUCCACCAUAACAAUGUUGCACUAAUUGUUUUUGUUUUAUCAAAUUUUAUCGUCAACAUGGCGAAACUGAUCGGUUUUGUUGUGUUUAUGUUUUGUGUGCAGUUUCCACAUUCAGUGCACGGCUUGAUAUGUCUCUGCGAAGACCCAGACUCCUAUUGUCCGAAGAACAAGACCUGUGUAACGGACGGAGCCUGCUUUGCCUCAAUAUUCUUUUAUGAGGAUAAGCCUUAUUACAAGUUUGGCUGCAAAGCAAAGGCUUCCCUUGUCCCCAUCGGCAAUCCUUUUGAAUGUCAGACCUCGAUAAUAGCUGGUACUGAGACGAAGGUCAACUGCUGUUACGAGGAUAACUGUAACAUGGGUGUACGACCUGAGGUUGAUACAAGACCUACACCAAAAGUUGACCUGGACAAUGGUAAAACAGAACUCGGCAUUUGGGAACUUGUUGCGAUCACUGCCGGGCCAGUGAUUCUGCUUUGUCUCAUAUUCGUGUUCGCUUUUGUCAUGUACCAUCGGCACAAGAGUCGGAGGAAUUCAAUGUAUCCCAGAGCCAAUCCGAUCGACACUCCCCUCCUCCCAGAUGGCCCCCAGGGCUCUCUGAAUGACAUGUUGACAGAUUACUCAGGAUCGGGCUCAGGCCUGCCCCUGCUGGUCCAAAGAACCAUCGCCCGUCAGAUCCAGCUUGUUGAGAUUCUCGGGAAGGGCCGAUACGGUGAGGUCUGGAUGGGAAAGUGGAAGGGGGAGAGCGUUGCGGUCAAGAUAUUCUCCAGUCGAGACGAGAGAUCAUGGUUUCGGGAGGCCGAGAUCUAUCAGACCGUCAUGCUUCGACAUGAUAAUAUUUUGGGCUUUAUAGCUGCAGAUAAUAAAGACAAUGGCACAUGGACCCAGCUAUGGCUAGUGACUGACCACCAUGAGCAAGGCUCACUUUAUGACUACCUCAACCGGACACCGGUCAGUGCUCAGGCCAUGGUCAAGAUGGCUCUGUCAAUCUCAUGUGGUCUGGCUCAUCUCCACACAGAAAUCAUGGGCACAAGAGGCAAGCCAGCCAUCGCCCACAGAGACUUGAAGAGCAAGAAUAUUCUGGUGAAAAGUAAUGGCCAGUGCUGUAUUGCUGACCUGGGUCUGGCCGUACGUCACGACUCAGCCACAGACGCUGUUGACAUUGCCCCAAACAACAGAGUUGGCACAAAACGUUAUAUGCCUCCUGAAGUCCUGGACGAAACUAUUAACAUGAAUCACUUUGAGUCUUUCAAGAGGGCGGAUGUGUACUCAUUUGGACUGGUACUGUGGGAAAUAGCUAGGAGAUGCUCUAUUGGAGGUAUAUAUGAAGACUACCAGCAACCAUAUUAUAACAUGGUGCCCCCAGAUCCAUAUCUCGAGGAGAUGAAAAAGAUUGUGUGCACUGACAGACGUCGGCCUGACAUACCUAAUAGGUGGCAGGGACACGAGGGAUUACGGGUAAUGGCAAGGGUAAUGAAGGAGUGUUGGUUCCAAAAUGCAGCUGCCCGACUCACUGCUCUUAGAAUCAAGAAGACUUUGGACAGUCUGAACACACAAGGAGAUGUGAAAGUUGCCACUGAAACCAGUCUGGAACCAGUAUAGAUGGAAUAUUGACUGGAAUUGUGAACCAGACUAUUCAGACAUUUAAACUGCAGUUUAAAACCAGUCUGUUAAAGAAAACUAUUGACUGGGCAAUUUCAACAACUAUGAAUGGGAAAAAAUCUCAUCUGUAAUUGUGAACCAGUCUUUGAAUCUUAACUGGAACUGGUGAAAUCUUUAGAUAGAAUGUAAAACCGGUCUAUUAUUUUUAGCAGAAGAAUUUUUUAUUAGCUUGUGGAGAAAUUCUUUUGAAAUUUUGAAACAAUCUGUAUAGAAUUUACUGGAACUUUUUAUGCCAGUUUAUUGUGUUAUGUGAAAUGUAACACAGUUUUAUAUCAGCUAAUGAAGUUGUGCCAUACUACAUAAAGCUUAAUUGUUCACUGAGAUGAAACAGCGCAAUUGUUCACUGAGAUGAAACCGCGCAAUUGUUCACUGAGAUAAAAAAGCUAAAUUGUUCACCGAAAUGGAGUGGCAACAUUUUUUACCAAGUUGGACUAGCAUUAAUGUUAACUUAGUUGAACAGCUUAAUUGUUGGAUGGGGUUCUUUGAAGGGAAUAGCGUUAUCGUUCGCUGAUGGGGAAUAUCGUUUUUGUUCACAUUAGUUGAAUGGGUUUUUUGUUCAAUGAGGUGGAAGAGUAUUAAUGUUUACCAAAAUGGAAUAGUAUAUUAUUGAGUAAAGCAGAAAAACAUUUAUUUCACUGAAGUUUUAAAGCCUUGCGCAGCGAAGUGCAAUAGCAUUAUUGUUCCUUAGUGGUGGAAUGGGUUAUUGUUCACAGGACUGGAAUAGCUUUAUUGUUCACAGGGCUGAAAUAAUGUUAUUGCUCACAGGGGUAGCAUAGUGCUAUUGUUCACGGGGAUGGAAUAGUGUAACUGUUCGUAGAGGUGUGGAAAGCAUUAUUAUUAACAGAGGUGUAAUAGUUAACUAAAGUGAACUGUGAAUGAUAUUCUAGAAAUAGACUCAGUGAUAAUUAGUUUUGUUGAAAUAAUAGCAACUUCAUGUGAAGGUUGAUGUAAAUAUCACAAAUAUGAUAGUUUUGAAUAGUUGUCUUUAAAAUUAUAUCAUCGGCUAUUGUCUGAAAAAGUGGGGGAGGGAAGUUGGGGUUGGCAGUGAAGAGUAUGACGUUUAAAAUUAUUACAAGGUAUAUUUUCUACUCUUGAUCGAAUUUAACAAGCAUUUUAUAUGUUCAAUUUUUUAAACCUACAUGAAUGUCUUUGAAAAAACUUUUAUUGUAUGCUGGUUAUUUUGCAAUGGCAAUAAUUAUACCAGUCUACAUAUAUUUUAACAUGCACAUGUUUUGUAAAUUGAUUAGAAAGAGACAAAUUUUAGAUUGAUUAAAAUAUUCUUACUAUCAAGCCAAAACUUGUCUUGUUUACAAUUGUUUUAUUUUUCUUAUCGUUCAUAUGGUUUGACAUUUUAUUCUUUAGCAAUUAUAAGGGUGACCUGAUACUUCUUUGAAAUAUUUUUUAUAUUAUUCCUUACACUUUUUUAUCCUUAAGUUCUCACUUUUCAUCUGAAACCUUUUUUAUGGAACAGUUGUGUAUUCUUAAAGAAACUUGACCACAAUGUUUUAUUUUUUUCUGUCAAUUUUUAAAGCAUUCUUGUUCAAUUUCUAUACAAAUUAUAAUACCCAAAUUAAGUUAAAAUGACAUGAGUCCCCAAUGCAAGUAUUUUGGAAUAUUCUAAGAUAUCAUACACGUCCUAUUUAACAUACAUGCCCUCAAAAAACUUGUGGGGUAUUUUAGUGGGUCUAUUUUUUCAAAGAUACUGUAUAUGUCCUAUUAAACAUGCAUGCCCUAUAAAAUAGAUGCACCGCAGGGCCUUUAUUUGGACAUGGAUUAUUAUAGCCUAAACUCCCUUAAAUACAAUUUAUUCAGAUGAAAAGCAUUCCUACAGUCACCAAUUUGCCUGAAACCAUGUGUUUACUGGACUAUUUUAUUGAUUUGCACAGUAUGUAUACUGCUGCAUCGAAGCAUAUACAUACCAAUCUGUGUAAAUAUUGAUCGAUAGUUCAUGUUUUUGACACAAACUUAGUGGAUUUUAAAAAGUUGCUGUUUGGGAAAAAUGGUUCGUUUUUGGUAUGCAAAGUUCUCAAAAAGACACAUGUCCCGGUGUGUUAAAUAGGGCAUAUACAGCAUUCAUAAAUAUGGAAAACAGAAAUAUUGUCUUUCUUUGGGUAUGAAUUAAAAAGAUCAACCACAUGUGCUUCCUAUUUUAUUGUAAAAAAGAAUAUUAAGAAUUGAUUCAUGAAAAAAAAAUAAUGUUUUGAAAGCCACUUAAAAGAUUUAAAUAAAUAAUAAUAAUAAUAAUAAUAAUAAUUAUUAUAAUAAAUAUAUAAUUGUAAACAUAUUAGACCAAUUUUAAAAAAUCAAUUAUUUGAAGAUCUAAAACUGAUUUACUAUCAGUAAAUAAUCAGAUAUUCUUAUACAUGUAGAAACCCUUUGAAUUUUAAGAUUGGCUUCAUUAUUUUUAGAACUACAUAUUUUUGACUCAAUAUUCUUAUAUUUUUAAUGUUGUUUUUUUUCCAUUCAUUUAGCUUUGUUAUUAAUUACAAAAUGGGGUAUUUCUUUUAUGAGAAUGUGUGAUUUAAGGGAAAAAAUUGGACUGAAAUGGUCUCAAAUUUGUUGAACAAAUUCUUUUAAGGAUAUUUUCUCAAUAGUUGAUUCAGACUAUUUAUAUUCAAACUUGUUUGAUUUUUUAUUGUCAAUCAUUGGAACAACAGUGUAUAAUAUAUGCCAGUUAGUGUUGGUGUGAUGUUCAUAUGUUUUAUUGUUGACUUAAUAUUAUAUUUCAUGUAAUUUUUGGCACAUACUUGUAAAAAGUACAUGUUUGUUAGUUUUCGAAGAUGCACAUUGUUUAUACACAAAAAUGAUCAUAUCUUUCAUUUCAGCAUUUUCAUUGAUUUAAAUUGACAAAACUGACAAUAAUAAGUGGACAUUCAAUUUUGUAUAAGAAUUGUUUUAAAUUGUUAGAUAAGUUAUUAAUCUCUUGUUCUGAUUCACAUUCAUACAUUUAAUUCACCAGACAAAAAUGAAUUCUUCAGAGAAAUUCUUUGUAUAUAUUAUAUGCAUAGUUUCAUAACUUAUUCAAUACUGUAGUCAUAAUUGUAAAACAUUGGGCCGAUCAUUCAUAACUUUGUUUUAGUUAACAACAGCAUUGUUAACAAUUAAAAGUAAACUAUUUGAGUAUGAGCUCAUGGAUUUAAACAAAACAAGUACAGCUAAGGGCUAUUCCAUUUAAACAUAUAACCCCCGGGGGAAGGCACUUUUAAAUUAUGACACCCCCCUACAGAAGCAAAUUUACCCGUUCGGGGUCCAAAUAAGCGGGAAAAAAAGACACCCACCUAUAUACUAUUUAAAUAAUUGCCUUCCCCCCGUGGGUUAUAUGUUUUACUGGAUUAGCUCUAAGGAGUUGUUGCAAACCUUUUAAGGAAAACUGUAGGUCACAAGUGUAUCCAUCAAACUUCAGAGCAGUAUCAACUUAAAAGGUUACAACGAUGCCAAUAACAGUGUUGUUAACUUUAACAAAGUUCUGAACAAUUGGCUCAUUGUAUUGAUUUUGUCAAUCACCAAAAAAAAUGAUGGCUUUUUCAUCCUUAGUUAAGUUCGGCUACAUAAGUCUCACGAAUUUACUGGCCCCAACUUCACAAAAAUACAUAUUUCAAAUAACUUGUGUUACCACAUAAAAGCCAAGUGUGUUUUAAAAUCUUCCAUGUUUUAUUAUUUUCGAAAACAUACUUUCUCGUAGAAUGUAUUGAUAAAUAGAUUUUCUCAAUAUUUUAAAGAUAACUAAUUCUAGAGCAAAUAAUAAUUUUGAGAAAUUGAGUUUUGAGUUGAAAAACAAUGAAUUGUGCUCAAAUACAUUUUCGGCUGCAGAAUAUUUUUCCCUAGGAAUCUUGAAUAAUAGGGUUUAUCAAUAUAUUCUACGGUAGAAUGCGCUUUUGAUAAGUGUGAAAACAUGAUUGUUUGUAACUUUUCAUGCUAUGUGGUUAAUCUAGUUAAGACUGAGAUUGAGAAUUGACUUGAGUAUUUUUGUGAUAUCAAGGCCAGGUCUUAUUCACUGUAUAUUAGUGUCUUUUUUAAAUCAGGUUAUUCAACAAUUUAAGUGCUGAAAACAAUAAUACCUCCUUGUGUAACCUCAAACAUUUGUUUAGCUCAUCAGAUUAAUUUCUGCUAUUAUCUGACAUGGUUUUGUCAUUACAUGAUCAUUUCUGGAGCUUCUUUGUUCAUGUUUUAUGCCAAGUUCGUUUUCUUAAAUUACUUUCACCUUUAAGCUUAUUCUGUCAUGUCAGCUGAAGCAAUGUUGUGUAGUACUAAAUAAAUAAGCAAGCAAACUAGCAGCAAGCUCAUUUUAAACAAGGUAUUCCACGAGGGUUACAGUGGUCUAGUGGCAUAGGUGUCUGCCUCAUACCCAAGAGGUUGUGGGUUUAAAACCCCAUUAAUAUGAGAAUGGUUUCGGCAGUGAAAUUGGAAACAUUUUUAAGGCUUUAUAGGAGCAAACUUUUUAAGUUCUCAAAAUGUUUUAAGAUUCCUACACUUCAUACAAAGUGUAAUAUUUUUUAUGAUUAAAGUUUGCAUAUUCUUAUUUUACGAGUAAUUUGCAUAUAACGCGCUAGCAUUGAACUAUAAAUUAUUAAGAAGUGAAUACUGAGUAAUAAACUCAGUACACAUGUAAAUAGGGCAUAUUAUGUAAGAAGGUGAAUCUGUGAGGUUGCAUCACUCCAAGAUGCUUGUGUUAAGAGCAUAUUGCACGAGACCAAAGUACAUUGACUCGAGCAACAAGAAGUGAUACAAUCCCACAGAUUAUCCGAAUUGCAUAGUAUUUCUUUUAUUUCAUACCUUUAAAUGUUUGUUGUUUUUUGUGUGUUUUUUUUAUUAAUUAUUAUUUUACAAAAGCGUCUCAAUUCUUGUACAUAGCACGGAGCCGAUUUUUACAUGCGCAGUAGGCUAUUCUGUGAUACUGAAAAAGAAUAAGGUACACACACAGUGUUAAAUACAUAUUUUUUUCUAGUUUCCAUACUUUGUUUUCAUCGUGCAAUAUUUUCGAAGGAAUUUAAUAGGUAUGAAAUAAAUGAACUUAUCUGCAUUUCUGCUGUUUUUCUUCACAAAGUUUGCACAAAAAUUGUGUCUGUUCAUGUCAUUACAACAUCAAGUUCUGGGUUUAAAUUAUACAAUUAAUUAAAUGAUAGAUAGUAAUUUCUGGUGGUGUUAAGAAUGCAUCUACUACUUUUUUUUAAAUAAUAUGCACUUUAAUUGACAGAUAUUCUUCUUUUUAUUGUCUAACAAUCAAAGAUGGUUUGUCUGAUACUAUGGUAUGUGGGUCAUUAUAACGUGUGUGUUUUUCAAAGAAAAAAAAAGUUAUUGUCAUAGCCUUUGUGUCGUCGUUGGCCUUGAUGAUAUGAAAUAAAUAUCAGAUCCCACGGAGGGUGAUAGCAUAUACUGUUAACCCUAGAAAGUUAAAGACAACCGAAGCAUUGCCAUUUCCAGGGAAAAUAUUUAUAUGUUUUCUAUCGGAUCUGAUUUCUUUUAUUAUUAUUUAAAAAAAAAUAACACACACAUAAUGAGUGACUUCAUUUUUAUUUUGAAAUUAAUUAAACGCCAAAUUGCAAGUUUGUUGAACAGGUCAAAGUCAUUUUUUUCACAAGGAUGUACGGAGUUUAUUUAACAUGAUAACAUAGAAAUCAGGGUGUGGAUUCACGUGACCUCAAAUGGUUCUCACCUGGGUCACAACCGAUGUUAACAAACAAGUAAGUGACGUUAAUUGCUAAAUAACUUUUUUGAAAGAAAAAUAUGAAAAUAUAUUAUCGCCUAUAAAAGACUAUGCUAUUUUCUGCUUUUACACGGGUAAAUAAUUUUAGAUUAGCUUAUAUUUCAAAUCCUUUGCCAACAUUUUAGCGUUGCAUUCUACAAAAUUCCAUAAAGUUGAAAUUAUUCAAAAAAAAAUAUUUAGAAAUUCACAUUCCUUAUUUCUUUUUUUCUUACUUUCUUAUUCUUUUGUGACCCUUGGUGACCUAUGUGAAACCACUUGAAGUCACGUGACUCCUCAACAUGGGACUGGAAUUAUUGCACAUCGUGAAUACAUCUGGGGAGCAAACAAACUCGGACAGACGAUCUCAUCUGCAAACAUUCAAGCGCUUGGCUUUUACCUGCUAAAUAAUUGACUGUUACCUGUUUAAUAAGCGUCUGUCUACUAUAUGUAUAUAUUGGAAAUUCCAAGUGUUUUUAAACCCAUGAUUGGGUAACGUUAACGUAUCACCCGGUGAGAGCAUUUUGUCAAAGGAUUACAGUACGGAUUGGGUAGUGUCAUGUAUUUGAGAAUUUUACAUGGACAAGUCCUGUGAGGUAUAAUAAUUGAAGUUGAUGCACAUGUUGUCAGAGAUAUUGAUGCACAUGUUGUCAGAGAUAUUGAUGCACAUGUUGUCAGAGAUAUUGAUGCACAUGUUGUCAGGGAUAUUGAUGCACAUGUUGUCAGGGAUAUUGAUGCACAUGUUGUCAGAGAUAAUACGCACAUGUAUAUCAAGGCCCAAUAAUCUGACUGUAUUUUUUAUCUCUCAGAUUAUGCCCCUUUUCGACUGCAAAGAGCAAGAACAGGCGAGCAUUAGUGUUCUUGUUAAGUAUUGAUGGUACUUUUAAAAUGAUUUCAGAAUUCUCUCAGUUAAUUGGUGGAAUAGAUGUACCUAAACCGAAAUGUUAUGUAGUUUUUUUUUCAACCAUUAUUACUAUGUGAAUUGUAUAUUAAUAUUGUUUGGCAAUUUUCUUUUUGGUGUAUUGCUCUGUUGAUGCUUUGCUAUAAACACGAAACAUAAAUAUGAAUAAAGUGCAACGCUUGAG